CUCCUCCCCCCCCUCCCUUGCCCCCUCCCUCCUCUCCGUCCCUCCUCUCCGUCCCCCUUUCUCGCUUCCUCCACCUCAUGAAGCCCCGAUCGGCCGGGAAAUACCGGCCUGGAGCGACAUCCGCGCGAUCCUACUCCCGCUCCCCCUCCGCGCAUUACCUUCUGCCGGACGCCAAGUUCGGUUCGCGCCUCGGCCUGGAGACCCGGAUGGAGUAUGCCGAUCGUCUGUGCAUGGUAGCCACCCGCACCAUCGACGAUUUUGCUGCCCUCGAGUCUCGUCUCUGUGACGCACUGGCCAUGCUCGAGACGGAAAAUGCGGCACUAUUGGCCUCUGGCCUGUUUGAUGCCGAGGAUGUGGCCCACUUCCAGCAACAGGCCGACGACCAUGGGACUCGGAUCCUGCUCCGCCCGCCAACUCCCUCCGCACAGGCCGAUUCCUCGAGGUCCAGCGAGGCGGUCCUUGACGCUGCCACCGACGCCGAUCCCCUGUUGCCGGUACUCCAUGAGGCAGCACCCCUCCUGUCAGCGCCUGCCUCAGCACAUCCGGAAAGUGAUGACUCCUUGCCGCCGGCGUCCGAUGUCCCCCAUCGCGCCAUGGAUUCCCCAGAUGAUGACGGUGAUGAUGGUCUUGUUGAUGCUCCUGUUGCCGACAUCAUCACAGACUGAGCUAAAGCACCUCCAUAUCCUCCCCGCCGCCGGGGCAAAGCCCCUCCAGGCGGCCUCGAUAGAACAUGCACACACAAAGGCCUCACACAAGGACGACUAUAUUUCCGGCAAGCCACAGCGACCGGAGAGGAAGAAAGAGGCCAGCAUGCCCGCUCGGGCAUCCCCUCCCCCUUUCUCCCUCUCUCCAUCUCUUUCGCUGCCUUUCUGUCAGAUUCUCCCAGCCGUAAAGAGGAUUGCUGGGCCGGCCGGGCCAAUUUCCGCGGCCGCCGCGGCCGCCAAAGCCGCGGCCGACUUGGUGGCAGUCUUCCGUGCUCCCGGAGAGGGGGUCUAUGCGGGAGGGGACCCCAGCAGGUGGUGAGGGGACCCCAGCGGGUGGUAGGUUAGUCGCCAAGGUAGGCCGUCAUCAGGUGGAAGGAUGGUGCUGGGGUGCACGAUGGGC